CAGGAAGUAGGGAAUAUAUAAAAAAGAAAAAGCAACACGAUCAUGAUCAGGGCAGGCUAUUCCUGCUGGUGCUGAUCCCACCAGUUUAUAUGAUGAAGUAAACAUCAUCAACACCACAGAGAUGACGACGAAAACUUUCACAACCGGCAGAUCCUGGGUGCGACGUAUAUUAUUGCGUUGUCGGAGACCGAGGCGAUUACAUUAUGAUUGCAUUAGCUAAAGGAGUAAAUACGUCCGAAUUAGUUGGGAUGAGCGACCUUCUGGUUCUCUGGCCUCGGUAAACAAAUUGCUUUUUCGCUGUGGUGACCACUGCCAUUUGUGCAACAAUGCUUGCUUGCGCGAUUGGUGCGGGAAACCCUUCUUGUCGCCAGAAGCUAAAAUGUUGCGCGGUUCUCGUUUCGACGAUUGUUGCUGUGUACCUUAUUGGGUCGGGGUUUUUGUGGUACUACCCGCCGUCUGUGUGGUGGCAUCGAUGGAUGUUGUGUGAUCGCUGGCGGUGGCCGCCGUCGGUGGUAUCCUGUGCAAAAGCAUCGUACUCGUAUUGCAAUCAUGCAUUACAAAUCUUUUUCUUAAGGUAAAUUCGCAUUACAAAUUUUAUUUCUCAUGCUGAGGAAAUUUGCAUUUAUACGAAUACGAUACGUUUGCAGUUCAUAGGUGGCGUUUGCGGACGAUGCAUACCCGAAUGAGCCCCCGUGGAUCACGACCAGAGAGAUGGCUGCAGUCCUCCUGUACCGCGCGCCGACACAUUUCGUGGACUACGUCGUUCGCUCCCCCAGAAAGUUUUUGCACGACGUCUCUGCCUCGCUCGCGGCCCUCCUCGGCUUCCGGUUCGGGGACGUCGUGUAUGACAGUGCACAAUUCCCCCUGCCCUUCAUUUGUCAUGCAAAAUACCCAAUCCACCCUUACCUUAGACUCUUAGCACUGUUUGCAUGACCAGUUCUGGUUGCCCAAAUAGCACUACACUCCAGUGCAAAUUUGUCAUGCAAAACCGGUCUUCUUGCUUAGGCUUGUAUUGCCUCCCCUGUCCGGGUGGGGUUGCGGCUUAAGGGAGAGUCUCGCCCCUUAACCAAAGGGGUGCGUCGUCUCUUCGUGAGAACAAAAACUUAUGGCGUAAAAUGGGUCGGGUCCUGGAUCGUUCUGUAUGUUGGGCUGUCGCGCUCGGCUAGCUGGCUGGGCUGUACUGAUCAGGUGUGGUGGGUAGCUCCCGACUGGUUGGUACUUUUCUUGGGGCGACUUGCCGUGGUAGCGCUCGGCUUUUGUAUGAUGAGCAGGUCGCCGAAAGUGCUUCCUCGCCCACCCCCCGGGUAGGGGAUCCUUGACCUGUGGCGCUGGGAGCGGGUGUCCACUAAAUGAUGAUGAUGAUUGCCGUUCAUGCGAUACAAACGAGGGGGAGGGGGAGUUGUGCACUGUCAUAUCGUGCCACUGCAUCUCCCUUUACGCAUCCGAAGUAGCGAUAAGAAGACCAUGCGUGAGGAUGCUGACGCCGAGGAUCCCUUCUCAAUAGACGAAGCAGCGCCCAUUCUGAAAAAUGCGAAGGAUGGUGCCCUAGAUGAGGCGAAGCUAGAACUACGACUACCCUCAACCUCGAGCAUUACCUCUACCAAGACAGAGGAAAAUAAACAGCGGCGCAGGAGGAGAAAGUUUGUCUAUCGGUCCAAGAUGGGGCAGCAGUGCGCCGAGCAGUUUCACGCUGCCGCGAGGACGCAGCCGGUCCCCGGAAGCGGCGCACAAGCGCGCGAGCAUGAGGAUCGCUGCCGCGCAGGGGGGCCAGGACGAGGGGGACAUCAGCCCGUGGUCGUCACCGCCUACUUCGAUAUGGGUCGGGUAUCGCGCGGCCCGUGCAAGUACCUUUCUAUGAUGCGGCAAGUACUCGGAAUUCGGCGUCCGGUUGUGGCGUUUACGCAGCCGAGAUUCGCCGAGACGAUCCGCGAAAUCCGGCGAGAGGCACUAGCCGCCGGACGCGUAGGAAAAGGAAAUCUAUCUACUUCCAAGACCGCAGCAACAAAUACACCUGGAGAUGACGAGAACGGACACCGGGCCGCCAAAGCCGCCGACGACGGGCCGAGGAAGACUACUACACCAGCACACAAAGACACCAGCCAGACAGCUGCCGCCACAAGCAGAACCAGUAGCGUAAACACUCCCAGAACCUCAUCCCGCGCCGGCUCGCUCUCCUCGCUGUGGGCGUGGAUCACUACGCCCGGAUCUUGGUUUCGACGAAAAUCAACAUUCCAACAGCCAGAACGACGAGGUGACACGGAGGACGACGAGAGUGAAAUCGCGUUAUUUCACCUGGUGGCUAUCGACUCGUGGACCGACUUUCCAGGGACAGCUGAGUUUCGUGAGCAGAUGUGGCUGAACGCAAUGAAUCCAUGGCACUACUUGCAGCUGAUUUGGCGGCAGAGCCACGGACUUAACCGCUACGGCGGCUGGCUUGAAACGACAGUACCGGAAUACGGGCUGUUGCAGCACGCCAAGGUGGAGUUCGUUCGCCGUGCCAUGGAGCUUGUACCCACCGCUUCGCACUUUUUCUGGGUAGACGCCGGAGCAAUGCACGGACAGGUUGCCUUUGCGCGAAAUUGGUGCCCGCGGCGGGCUAUGUUGGAAGGGGCCGACGACAAGGAAAACAAAGCCAUAGGUGGUGGAGUUGUGACCCUGAUUGCGCAACCGGAUAAUUUUUUGAAGCAGCUGAUAAUUGCACUCACGCAGCAGCCGGACCUGCCUCUAGCCCGCGUCGAAGAUUUCGCUCACCCAGAAUUUCAAAAACGGCUGCGAAUGCAUCUCGGGAGCCACGACUUCAAGCGCGGCAACACGACAACAGACGUCACGAGGCCGGGCUCUCUCGUCGAAGACCUAAGCGCGGAAGCCCGAGCGCGAGCAGAGAGCAGGUACUGGAUGUUUGUGCAACACAUUGAGCAACCCGUGGGCACCUUUUGGGGCGGACCAAAAGAGGCAUUGCUGCGGUUUCACGCAAAAUACCUGGCACUGGUUCGCUAUGAAAGUGGCGGAAACACAGAAGUACUCAAAUCAAAAUCAGGGCCGUGGUAUGUAUGAACACCAGAUGAACGUAAGUGCCGUGCUGAGUGAAUCUCGACACAAGGUACUCCCCGUGACGAUGUUAAUAGUGUUGUGUGGUCUUUUUAUGGUGUGAUAUAAUCCACCACGUGUCUCCACUGACAAAAGACGCGCCAGAGGGCACUCCUACUUGAUGUACUUUCCAAGAAAUCCUACGUGGGCACCAUCACGCCCAGACAUGGAGUCCGGAGAAACAGACCGACCAAUGCAAAGGGUCCGCCGAUGAUUGGCUUGAGUACAUCUGUGGCAUUGAUACACGCGAACUCACCUUCCAGAAAAAGCGCACUGACGACGACCAAGCAUUGCUGUGGAUCCUGUGGCUGCGUUUUCCUGAUAUGUUUCAGGUUCUUCGUAUCAAACUCAAACUUGUCUCCGCCCCGCAGCCCAACCUCUAGCAUCUUGCACAGAUGAAAUAAUUAUCCCGUCACUCAUGACGAACAAUGGCUUCAAUUUUUAUGCAUUUGGAAAGAAUCAGAAAUCGAAGCUUCCAAUAUCUAAAUUAGCAUGACUAUGAAAUGACCCUGGUGGAAGGAAUAAAAACGCGCUUUGCCCGCAUAAUGCUGAUUCUAGGGUACUUCUACUUACGGUUGUACCAGAACACGUGAGAAGGUUGUUGCAGUACUACACGUGGGGGGUGCAGGGUACGAGAAAUCGUUUUAAGCUGGAAAGCGUACGGCAGCUGGCACGACGCAGGGGCACUACUGGACUGAAUAUUCACAAGA